AUGAAUCGCUCCUUCGUAUUCUUACUUACCCUUCUCAUCAUCUGUGCUGCCCAAAAGGACUCCGGCCGCUAUAUCAAUCGGAUUAAGAUUGAGACCUUUGCCAACGCUUGGGGGGUCAAUAGGACUUUCACCUACUACGUCAAGGAUAGUUAUGAUCAAAUUCAAAAGGACAACUUCACUAUAGAAUCCGGAUCAAUUGGAUAUCUUUAUGAGGAUGAUUAUACUUCUGACACUUUUUCGUGUACGACCGCCGAGUGUCCAAAGCUUAGAAGAAUCUACGAGUAUACCACUACUGUCAAUGGAAAAGUCACCACUCGCCUCCUCGACCCUGCAUUGAAAGCUAGUCUUGGGGCCACCACCGCCAAGCCGAUCGGAUUCGUUGCUCCAUACCCAGGAUACUGUAGCUCCGACGAUACUGUUCCAAUAAUUGAAAUGUACUCCGAUUAUUUGCAGCAGUACGGCUACUGGUCUCCAUUACAAUUAAAUCAAGUGUUCAAUUGGGGGUCCUAUCGUGAGAACUUUGCGAGAUAUGUACCGACACGUCUAGUUGGAUAUGCACUUUCUAGAGACUCAAAUAGAACAUUUCUCUAUAACGCUGCUCCUGAUUUUGUAAAGCCAAUUGGAAAAGCUAACUACACUCAUUCAUUCUUCCCUACUUACCAAUACAUGUGGUUUGGUAAUAGGUACACCAGGGUAACUUUGGGCGCCCCUGCCGCAAUUGAUGCUUUUCUGAAGAAAGAUAACUUUGCAAGUAUUCAAAGCCAUGGGGCUUUUGUUAUCGGAAAAGGCACUGCUGCCGAAUUCACGAGACUUUCAGCCGUUUGUGGAGAGCUGAUGCCAAUUUAUACUGCAAUGAACGCUCAAACUAACCAAAGUGCCAUAUUCGCACGUACUGUUCCGGCUCCGUUUACAGCUAUUGCUCAAUCGGGAUGGACGUUUAAAGAGAACAGACGAGUUUGUGGAGGAAUUAAGGGAUUAGCCCCGUUGAGGGAGUUCAAGCACCGUGAAACAAAUUCCUUCGCUUAUUCAAACGAUCUAACAAAGUUUGCUGCGACACCUGAAUUUGAUCCAUAUGAAAUGACUUCCAAAAAUCUUGGGUAUGCUCCGCUUGAUCAAUUUGGUUUUCUUCUUGUUAACGCUACUAUUUGA